GGCAUGAAGAUAGGCCACUACACACUACACAAUUAAUAUAUAUAUAUUUCAUUUCCCACUUUGUCCCUCCGAUACAGCUCACUUCAUCCAAAACAUGGCCACCACCGCAACAGCCGCUGCCACGUCACACUUUUUCGGCACCCGUCUCAGUAAACCAAGUUCAAAGAUUGGAAGAAUCCGCUGUUUUUUCAAUCUGAAACCGAAAAAAGCAGCAGAGAAGAAAAAGGAAGUGAAACCUCGACAACCGGAAGGUGAGCGGCUAGUAUGGUUUCCAGGUGCGUCAUCACCGGAAUGGCUGGACGGUAGCUUGAUAGGUGACCGUGGAUUUGAUCCAUUGGGAUUCGCGAAACCAGCGGAGUAUUUACAGUAUGACCUUGACUCGCUUGACCAGAAUCUGGCGAAGAACCUUGCUGGAGAUAUUAUUGGAACUAGAAUCGAAGUUGCGGAGGUUAAAGCGACGCCGUUUCAGCCUUAUACGGAAGUGUUUGGGAUUCAGAGGUUUCGUGAAUGUGAACUUAUUCAUGGAAGGUGGGCUAUGCUUGGUGCUCUUGGUGCUUUGGCUGUUGAAGCUUUCACUGGUGUCUCAUGGCAAGAUGCUGGAAAGGUUGAGCUAGUGGAAGGGUCAUCAUACCUAGGACUUUCUCUUCCAUUCUCAUUGACUACAUUGAUAUGGAUUGAAGUGUUAGUGAUCGGUUACAUUGAGUUUCAAAGGAAUGCAGAGCUUGACCCAGAGAAAAGGUUAUACCCAGGUGGCAAAUUCUUUGAUCCUCUUGGUUUAGCCAGUGAUCCUCAAGAGAAAGAAAGACUUCAAUUGGCUGAGAUUAAACAUUCUCGCUUGGCUAUGGUUGUUUUCCUCAUCUUUGCAAUCCAAGCUGCUGUUACUGGAAAAGGUCCUAUUGCUUUCAUUGCUACCUUCAACCAGUGAGAUCUAAUCAUCUGUAAUAUGCAAGCAACACUCCCUAUAUACGUGUGCAAUUAAAUGUAUUAUUUCAAAUAUCCUUCAACAACCAUUUAUAUUAUCUCCAUCCUUUUGCAUUCAUCAUUUCCAUUAUUGGAAUCCUUUAUUUCAUUUAUCAAUAUCUAAACGGAGUUCUCUCUA